UCGGCCCUGCACCAAUAGGGAGAGGCGGCGACAAGCGGACGGCCAAUGAGGAGCAGGGCUGCGCGCGCGGGGCGGUGGGAACGGCGCCGAGUCAGUGUACACGUCGGUUGCCUAACAACCGGCAGCGGACUCCUUUGGCUAUGGCCUCCAACUUUAAGAAGGCAAACAUGGCAUCAAGUUCUCAGCGAAAAAGAAUGAGCCCUAAGCCUGAGCUUACUGAAGAGCAAAAGCAGGAGAUCCGGGAAGCUUUUGAUCUUUUCGAUGCGGAUGGAACUGGCACCAUAGAUGUUAAAGAACUUAAGGUGGCAAUGAGGGCCCUGGGCUUUGAACCCAAGAAAGAAGAAAUUAAGAAAAUGAUAAGUGAAAUUGAUAAGGAAGGGACAGGAAAAAUGAACUUUGGUGACUUUUUAACUGUGAUGACCCAGAAAAUGUCUGAGAAAGAUACCAAAGAAGAAAUCCUGAAAGCUUUCAAGCUCUUUGAUGAUGAUGAAACUGGGAAGAUUUCGUUCAAAAAUCUGAAACGCGUGGCCAAGGAGUUGGGUGAGAACCUGACUGAUGAGGAGCUGCAGGAAAUGAUUGACGAAGCUGAUCGAGAUGGAGAUGGAGAGGUCAGUGAGCAAGAGUUCCUGCGCAUCAUGAAAAAGACCAGCCUCUAUUAAGAUCAGUGUCUUCUCUUUCUACUGCAAGCACAUGUAACUAGAUUUAGUGCCUGCCAUGGUGUGAAAUCUGGCUUUUGAGAACACAAACUUUUCCCCCACGGACCUCUUAUCAGUUUAAUAGUGACCUUGAGCCUAUUUUAGCCGUUUGGAAGUGUUCUUUGAUAUUACAGUUCUUUGUAAAAUGACCUGCGAAUUACCCUAAUUCUCAAAAGCAAAACAAGAGCACACUAGCGUGAAGAAAAGGAUCUUAAAGCUUUGAGCACCUGCCAUUUUGCCUUGCAUUGUUUCCCUCUUGUCAUGCAUUUCCACAUAUCCACAAACACAGAACGACUUUAGACGAGCACAUGUUACACCUGUGUUGCCACAAGCAGUCAUUCUUGAUGGCUCCAGUUUUUAUUUGACACUUGAGUUUAGUUUUCUCUUUUAUAAACCCAGUGAACUCUUGCACUGGCAUUUGGAUGUGUGUUAAUGCUAUUUGUUUUGUCUUAAAAAUAAAACCUUUCUCAGUUUGAA